AUGGCUCCGGGAUUGUCGGCCGGGGUUAAAAAAUAUGGAGAUGUGAGGUCAUUGAUUAAUUGGGAAGGGGUGGAUGUGGAGUCGGACAUGAUUCCUGGUGUUUUGAUGCUGGCGAAAUUUAGAGGAGUAGAAGUUGUGGAAGAGACUUUGAAAGGUCAUGAGGUGCGGCUUCUGACCCGGAAGACAUUACCAGCACUUGACCUCCCAAAGGUGAGAAAGAACAAUUUUGUUGAGAUCCUUCCUAUCAAUGUUAGUUGUUUAGGUGCUGGCAAUUGUUGCAAGACGAAGCAUGCUCGUGGUCAUUUAGGAAGCUAUACAGUUGACAGCUUAGCACUUGAAAGAAUAGUUGAAGUUUUGUGCCACCCAUGUGUGUAUUCCUUUCUUCAUGUCCCUGUUCAAUCUGGAAGUGAUACCAUUUUGAGUGCAACGAACCCGUAG